CCACCUCUCUAGUUGCUGCCCCCUCCUAUGUCCUUCCAACAAGCACCUGCUCUGAUCUCUCUCUCUCUGUGUGUCCCCAGAUGGUCACCAUGGGCCAGUGCUACUACAACGAGACCAUCGGCUUUUUUUAUAACAACAGUGGCAAGGAGCUCAGCUCCCACUGGCGGCCCAAGGAUGUGGUUGUGGUGGCACUGGGGCUGACUGUCAGUGUGCUGGUGCUACUCACCAAUCUGCUUGUCAUCGCUGCCAUCGCCUCCAACCGCCGCUUCCACCAGCCCAUCUACUACCUGCUGGGCAACCUGGCUGCAGCUGACCUCUUUGCCGGUGUGGCUUACCUCUUCCUCAUGUUCCACACGGGCCCGCGCACUGCCCGGCUCUCGCUGGAGGGCUGGUUCCUCCGACAGGGUCUGCUGGACACAAGCCUGACGGCGUCGGUGGCCACACUGCUGGCCAUUGCUGUGGAGCGGCACCACAGCGUGAUGGCCAUGCAGCUGCACAGCCGCCUGCCCCGUGGCCGUGUGGUCAUGCUCAUUGUGGGUGUGUGGGUGGCUGCGCUGGGCCUGGGGCUGCUGCCUGCCCACUCCUGGCACUGUCUCUGCGCCCUGGACCACUGCUCACGCAUGGCACCCUUGUUUAGUCGCUCCUACCUGGCUGUCUGGGCCCUGUCCAGCCUACUUGUUUUCCUCCUUAUGGUAGCCGUCUAUACCCGCAUUUUCUUCUACGUGCGGCGGCGGGUCCAACGCAUGGCAGAGCAUGUCAGCUGCCACCCCCGCUACCAAGAGACCACACUCAGCCUUGUCAAGACUGUUGUCAUCAUCCUGGGGGCAUUCGUGGUCUGCUGGACACCAGGCCAGGUGGUACUGCUCCUGGACGGUCUGGGCUGCAAGUCCUGCAACGUGCUGGCUGUAGAGAAGUACUUCCUGCUCUUGGCCGAGGCCAACUCGCUGGUCAACGCAGCAGUGUACUCGUGCCGUGAUGCUGAGAUGCGCCGCACCUUCCGCCGCCUCCUCUGCUGUGUGUACUUCCGUGGGUCCAGCCACGAUUCGAUCCGCUAUCUACCCUCUGAGAGGACAGCUGCCAGCACUCGCAUCAUCCUUCCCGAGAACGGCCACCCCCUGAUGGACUCCACCCUUUAGUGACCUUGAACAUCAGCGAGAUGUGGCAGCCCCUGACCCCUUGCAGAUGUGCCAUGGCUCAACCCAACCAGCAGGACAGACUUCAAGGCAAAUCCAUGUUGUGGCAUGGUGCAGCCCCACUGCCAGCCCUCCCUGGGGUGCGGGGUUUUGGGGUCAUCUCCAAGCACCUGGAGAGAGUAAGAGGGGGUGUGGAAAUCUGGCUCUUCAGUCAUCUCAAGUUUGGGGAUUUCUUACUGGACAUUCUUCUAUUUUUCUUGCACAUCCCUUGUAAGCCCUGUGGACUGUUCCUCCUACGUGGUGCUGUGGUUGUUAAGGGUAGGAGAGGUGAAGGCUGCCCGGUGGGACAGGGUAACAAGAACAGACCAGGGAUGCUCUGUCUUCCUGAGGCUGAUCCUUUAGCAGCACAGGCUGAGGGGUGCCGAGUGGGAGCUGGGAAAGAUACAUGGCCCCUUGCAGCCUCCAGGGGCUGGCCUCUCCCUGAUAGAAUUGGGUGGCUCAGUGAGAAGGGCAUGAUACAGGAAGUAAACCUUUCUUUCCACUUUGA